AGUCUCCCUGUCACCCACCCAUUCACCCACGGACUUAACCUUGAACCUGCAGGCUGCGGGCUGCCAGGACUGAGGAGAGACACCGCCGCCCUCGCCGCCAACGCCGUUUCCAUCCUCGAAUCCUUGAUCCAUCAUCGCACUUCGCACGCGCAGUCCCGUCGCACGCACCCGCCAACGUCGAGUCACCUGCCAAUCUGUCCAGGUUGCGUCAAGUCUAUCCAGUGGAUGAAGGGCCGUCUCGAGUCUCUCGACCCCUCCAGUUGCUCAAAAAAAUUCCCCACGGAACCCGCCCGACGCGACGCACCUGGCACCCACAAACAGAAAACCCCACCAGCUGAUUCUGCGAGCCUGCAAGCUACUACGACUGCGUACGAAUACGGUCCUAUUGGUACUUUAUUACGGAUACCUUGCCAUAACGCUGCUGCUGUUGCUGCUGCUGGGCAUGAAUUGCAUCUCGUCUUCCUUGCCUUCUGUGCGCGGUGCUUGACUCGGUGGCCGGCCAAUCCUGACAACCAAGCGCCGAUAUCUCAUUUCCAUCCCAUGUUCCAUUCCCCCAGACUUGCGGCUUGCGGCUUUGCCAGGGCACGAUAA